AUGCCCCCUCAGCGCCCCUCCGCCAAUGCUGCGAUGCGCCGCUUUAUACGGCGCAGGCUUCCCCAGCUGCUGAGUACAGAAGAGAUCAAGCAAGAUAUGGCAAGUAUUCAAUACGAACUGGCACUCGCCCAUCAGGAGAUACAAAAGAAGCAAGAACGCUAUGCUCUCCUCGAAGAAGAACACGGUCGACGUAUCAAUAAAAUAACACACGUCUUCGUGACAAACAUCACCCUCAUCGACCAGAGCGAGUCACGCCAGCAAGAGGAAUACUCGCGACUACAAAGCCGUCUUCAACGCUCCACCGGAUCAUGGGAUACAUCACAUCCUCGACAGAGAUUGCUCACAGCUCUCCAUGCCUUCCAUCGCUACAAAGAGCGCAAUCUAGUCGAAACAAAGCGCUGGCGGGAUUGGUACAAGAAAAUCCCCAAGAAACAACGCUCAAUCGUUGAAUCCACGGUUAAAUAUACCCGGAAGCUGAAUACCGUGGAGCACCUUUUCGAGACAAAUGAGCAACUGGCGCAUGAGAUUGUCAAGCAUGGGAUGCAUUUCUAUAACAUUUCCCAAGCAGAAUUGGACCAGUUCAUCAAGGAAAACGAGAAUAAGGGGGUCAAUACUGACAAAACGAGCGUCUCACAGGCAAUGAAGCAUUUCGUGCGCGAUUGGGCCGAUGAAGGAUACGAGGAGCGGCAGGACGCAUUUCCGUGUGUUCUAGGUACUCUUGCGAAUAUGUCAAGGACAUCCGAGCAACCGUUGCGAGUGUUAUUGCCCGGGGCAGGACUGGGACGACUGGCGCAUGAGGUUAAUGCAUUAGAUGGCUUCGAGGUAACCAUGAACGAAUGGUCCAUGUACAUGAACCUCGCAUAUCGAUAUCUAUCCAGCCUGUCGAGCGCCAACAGCAAGGCUUUCCAUCCAUAUAUCGACUGGUGGUCGCAUCAAGUGACGACGGCUGAUUUGCAGCGUUCCGUCUCGUUUCCGGAUACAUUGGCUAGUUCCUCUGUUCUCCUGGUAGAAGGCGACUUUACUACCGUAUUUGCAGAAGAUACGGGGAAAUAUGACGUGAUCGUCACGUUAUUCUUCAUUGAUACUGCGCGGAACCUGGUUUCAUAUUUUGAGAAUAUCCAUCGGUUACUCCGCCCCGGGGGCAAGUGGAUCAAUCUAGGCCCGUUGCUAUACGGAAGUGCACCCUUUUUGCAGCUGUCGCUGGAUGAGAUUAUAGCUUUAACCGAGCACCUCGGGUUUAAGUUUCAGGAGACAGACGCAUCUUGUGGGGAUAUAACAAUACCUGGGAUGACAGUUCGUGGCAAGGAAGUAGCAUACGCCCGGAAUGGAAAGGGCUUGAGCAAGAAUGCAUAUCAGGCGCAGUUUUGGGUCGCCCAGAGAGAUUAA